UCAGUGUUUCUGCAGUCGGCACACAGCCUGGGCUUGAUUACAGCCGGUAUUGUUUGGAUCACCUGGCGCUGGAGUGGUGGGAAUGGAAAACAAGAAAUUUAAAAUUAACCUGGACGAUUCUGCGUUCAACAGAGAAAGAAGUCCGGUCGCCUCUCUUUUCAAGCCCUCCUCCAAAAGAAGCAAUGACGAGACAUCGACUACCCAUGGUGCACCUCAAGUCGGUGGCCAGCCGUUAUCUUACGCCGAGUUCGUCGUUCAGAGCAAAAGCAGAGCUAAAGAGGAGUCUGGCCACGGACCACAAACAGGAGAGAACAUUCCCGCAGGACAGAGAUCUGACUGUGCCCUUGAAUGUGGUUCAAUCACAAAACCUUCCACAGAUGCUGGGAAAACUCAGACUAGCACAAAAGAGAAAGGGAGUCCAGUGCCAGCUAUAGCAGGAUCGGAGACCUCUGUGAUUCCAGGUAGACUGGAGGAAGAUCUGGCACCAGGGCAAAAAAUGGACGAAGGUCAAAGCACAGAGGAGCGCACUGUUGUAACACCAGCAUUAGGGUCAGGGAACAGCAUUAUUGUCAGCCCAAGACAGAGGGGAAACCCUAUUUUAAAGUUUGUCCGGAGUGUGCCGUGGGAGUUUGGAGAAGUGGUGCCUGACUAUGUCUUGGGUCGAACGACAUGUGCACUCUUUCUGAGUGUGCGCUACCAUACCCUCAAUCCAAACUACAUCCAUGAGCGGUUAAAGCAACUAGGCCAAACUUUCACACUCCGAGUCCUGCUUGUGCAGGUUGAUGUGAAAGAUCCUCAUCAUGCACUCAAGGAGCUUGCUCGGAUCUGCAUCAUGGCUGACUGCACACUCAUCCUGGCCUGGAGCCCCGAGGAAGCUGGCCGUUACUUGGAGACGUAUAAAUCUUAUGAGAAAAAGCCUGCAGAUCUGCUUAAAGAACAAGUAGAGAAAGAUUACCUGUCUAAGGUUACAGAUUGUCUGACCACUGUGAAGUCCAUCAACAAAACUGAUGCAAUAACACUGCUGUCCACGUUCUCUUCAUUAGGGGGCAUCAUUAAUGCAUCAAAGGAGGAGCUGGUGCUGUGCCCAGGACUCGGGCCACAAAAGGCAAGAAGGCUGUAUGAUGUCCUUCACCAACCCUUUCUGAAGUCUAAUAAGAAAGAAAGCGGGUGAGAUGCAGACUCCAGUCAAGAAAGUGUCAACCAUUUCACAACUGGAGCGUCGCAUGCUUUCAUCUGUGAGUGCAGGGGAUGGAGGGAUAUGAAACAUCUGCAGUGACCUCUCUCAGAUCACACCUUCACUCUGGUGUGAUCUAUUUUAAAAAAAGACUCUAAGGAGAGUUUGAGUGCUCUUAUUUUCCUAAUGAUCUGUUUUAAUUUCAAAAGUAUGUAUCUGCAAAACUAUUUUCAUAUAAUUCUGUGCAUUGUUACAAUAAAGUUAUAUAUUUUUAAAACAAGAGUCAGUUUUUAAAAAAGCAUGAAACAAAAGAUAUAAUGAAUUUGAGAUAUACUCCAUUUUUUGCAUAUUUUGUGAUUUUGAAAUGACAAACAUUGUUAAGCAUGUUGUGUGUAUAAUACAGCGUUCAGCUUUUGGGGUAAGAAUCUACCAACUUUACCAAGCACAUCAUGAUCUGGCAAUUUAAUUCCACUUGUUCUUGCAAAAAAGCUCUGUAUCCAACUGCAAGGGAAUCUUCCUAUGCGCAGCCCUCUUCAAGUCAUUCCCCAAGUUUUUGGUAGGAUUUAGACCUGGACAUUCCUUUGUUAACUUUGUUUCUGAAGCCAUUCCUUUGUUAACUUGGAUUUGUGAUUUUGGGCCAUAGUCAUGCUAGAAGGUGAAUUUGUUCUUCAACUUCAGCUGUUUAAUUCUAUGUUCAUACACACAUACAGACAUUGUGUAAAGAGAUCAUUCAUUUUCAGUGACAUCCGGCAGCGGCUGUUAGUGACUAGAUGUGGGCGUGAAACAUUUUUAAUAGGUUUCGAAUACAGAGUUUAUGAUAUUUAUUUAUUUUUUUUCCCAAUAUAUUGAUUUUCUUCCUGCAACCAUUUCUAGGUUGUUUUAAAUCUAUAUGGGGUGGUCUAUCUUUUUGAAAGAUCUGUCAGUGGUCAAGUUUUGGUUCAUGUGUCUUAUUUAUAGAACUUUUUAAGGGUAUUUUACUGUAUAGUAUAUACAGUAAAACAUGGGGGGGGGGACAUUUGUCUAUUUUGUGCUGAAAAUCUCUUUGGUAUUGGCAGGCAAAAGGGUGUUACAUUUUUGCAGCUUCAGCAUAAUCUUCAGAUUUUUGUCAUUUUCGAUUUUUUUCUCUUCAGAGAAUACUAUUUGAAUUAAAAAAAAAAUAUUCUUUUUAUAAUGCUUGUAUUGCAUUGAUCCAUCUCGAAUAAAUAUGUUGAAUUUUUA